AUGUCCGCGAAAAGAAAACCAGAAACUCAAGUACCAGCUGAAGAAAGUGAUUUAUUAUCAAUUAGACCACUUGGAGCUGGACAAGAAGUAGGAAGAUCAUGUAUCAUGUUAGAAUUUAAAGGCAAAAAAAUUAUGUUAGACUGUGGUAUUCAUCCUGGUUUAUCUGGCAUGGAUGCAUUACCAUUUGUGGACUUAGUAGAAGCAGAUGAAAUAGAUUUACUGUUAAUUUCACAUUUUCAUUUGGACCAUUGUGGAGCUUUACCAUGGUUUCUACAAAAGACCAGUUUUAAAGGACGAUGUUUUAUGACUCAUGCUACGAAAGCUAUUUAUCGUUGGCUCUUAUCUGAUUAUAUUAAAGUUAGUAAUAUUGCAACUGAACAAAUGUUGUAUACUGAAUCUGAUUUAGAAACUAGUAUGGAUAAAAUAGAAACUAUCAAUUUCCAUGAAGAAAAGGAUGUGUUUGGAAUAAAAUUUUGGGCUUAUAAUGCUGGUCAUGUAUUAGGUGCUGCUAUGUUUAUGAUAGAAAUAGCAGGUGUUAAAAUUUUAUAUACUGGAGAUUUUAGUCGGCAAGAAGACAGACAUUUGAUGGCUGCAGAAAUUCCAAACAUUCACCCUGAUGUUUUAAUUACUGAAUCUACCUAUGGUACACAUAUACAUGAAAAAAGAGAAGAUCGUGAAGGAAGAUUUACUAAUCUAGUUCAUGAAAUUGUUAAUAGAGGUGGAAGAUGCUUAAUACCAGUGUUUGCAUUAGGUAGAGCACAAGAGCUUCUUCUUAUUUUGGAUGAAUAUUGGAGUCAACAUCCUGAACUCCAUGAAAUUCCAAUAUAUUAUGCUUCUUCUUUAGCAAAGAAGUGUAUGGCUGUUUAUCAAACUUAUGUAAAUGCAAUGAAUGAUAAAAUUAGGAGACAAAUAGCUAUCAAUAAUCCUUUUGUAUUCAAACAUAUUUCUAAUUUGAAAGGUAUUGAUCAUUUUGAAGAUAUUGGACCAUGUGUAGUAAUGGCUUCUCCUGGUAUGAUGCAAAGUGGUCUAUCAAGAGAAUUAUUUGAAUCUUGGUGUACAGAUGCAAAAAAUGGAGUUAUAAUUGCUGGUUAUUGUGUGGAGGGAACAUUGGCAAAGACUAUUUUAUCAGAACCUGAAGAAAUUACAACCAUGUCUGGACAAAAGUUACCAUUAAAAAUGUCCGUUGACUAUAUAUCAUUUUCAGCACAUACAGACUAUCAACAAACUUCAGAAUUUAUACGUAUUCUAAAGCCACCACAUGUAGUACUUGUGCAUGGAGAACAAAAUGAAAUGGGUAGAUUAAAAGCUGCAUUGCAAAGAGAAUAUGAAGAUGAUCCCAAUACAACAAUGGAGAUACACAAUCCUAGAAAUACUGUUGCUAUAGAGUUAUAUUUUAGAGGAGAAAAAACUGCUAAAGUAAUGGGUACAUUAGCAAUGGAAACACCAAAACCAGGACAAACAUUAUCUGGAGUUUUAGUUAAAAGAAACUUCAAUUAUCAUAUGCUAGCACCUUGUGACUUAUCAAAAUACACAGAUAUGAGCAUGAGUCAAGUUAUUCAGAGACAGAGUGUAUACUUCUCAGCAUCAUUACCAGUACUAAAACAUCUCUUAACUCAAAUUGCAGGAAAUUUGGAAGUUGUAGAUGAUAAAAAGUUACGUGUUUUUAAAAAUAUUGAUGUAACAAUUGAUGGAAAAAUUGUUACUAUGGAAUGGGUUGCAACACCUGUAAAUGAUAUGUAUGCAGAUUCUGUUUUAACUGCAAUAUUACAAGCUGAGAUGAUGGAACAACCACCUAAAAUAUUACCUGCACCUACAAAAAUGGAUCGAAUGCAUUUUAAAGAAUGUUUGAUAGAGAUGCUUCAAGAAAUGUUUGGUGAGGACUCUGUUCCCAAGAUUUUUAAAGGAGAAAAACUGUAUGUAACAGUUGAUGGAAAGAAAGCACACAUAGAUUUAUUAAAUUUAGAAGUAACUAGCAAGGAAGAUGAAACUUUUCAACAAAUAGUACAAACAGCAGUAACAAAAUUACAUCAAUCACUUGCACCUCCCUGUGAUACAAUUUAA